GCUGGGCCUAGUCUUGCGUUUGGAGCCGAACUUUGCUUCUAUUGUGAAGAGCCAGCCAUUGAGAACCCUCGGAAGAAGGACAAAUCAGAACCAUUGUUAGCUGCUGCGGGAAAAGAAAAGUCAGCAAAACAUGUGAAGGAUUUCACAGACAAUCUAGAGAUGAUGGCCAAAGUCCUGAAUGAUGGCAAAAUACUCAGAUUACUUGAAACUGAUGUUAGAUCACGGGAGUUAUUCUAUCACAGGAAGUGCCACUCAAGAUACCGUAACAGAUACAGUUCAGCGAGCUGCAGGAUAAAGCAAGAAAGAACUUCAUCACAGAACUCCCCAGACAUGAUCCAGUAUGCUGAAUAUAUCGCCAUGGAGGAAGUAGGGAACUUCAUUGAUGACAGCUCAGAAAAUGUUUUUGAUCUUCACAAACUCGAGAAUAUUUAUCUGCAGAAAGUUGAAGAUUUGGGCUUCGACCGGCCCAAAUCUCACUCUACACGAUUUGCUGAGAAACUCUCGAACAGCUGUCUGGACAUAAAUGUAGUGCAGAAAGAGACAGGGGCACAUUACAGGGUUAUUAAGAAGGGUAGUUUGGACAAUGUAAUCAGUGACAGUGACUUUUUAGAUUCACUUUGCAAAGUCACAAAACCUGUUCGGGCUGAAGUAAUAAAGAAUCGAAGAGACAGUGAAAGCACCCGACUUUCAGACUUGUCUACAGAAGGACUACGGAUGAAGAGCAAUUUCAAACUGAAGAUGCUGAUGUCACUGCUUUGUGAUGGAACCGCACGAUAUGAAGAUCUUCCGAUGCAUCUCGAACAACUGUGCCAGACCCCAGGCGUCAGGAUGCAUGAGCCAGAUGAUCUGGUCUGGAAACCUCAGCACAAGUGGCUUACGCAUGGGUGGAUUACCGAACGGGCCUAUUGGGCCCAAGCCCAGGAGCCCAAGGGCUCAGGGGGCCCCUAA